ACGCUUUUGAUAACGAUUUGAUGCACACAACCCUGAAAAACAUUGUCGAGGGGAAGACGGUUGAGGUACCAACGUACGACUUCGUGACUCAUUCGAGGCUGGCAGAGACGACGGUGGUCUAUCCCGCUGACGUCGUCCUCUUUGAGGGAAUCCUGGUUUUCUACAAUCAAGACAUUCGGGACAUGUUCCAUCUCCGGCUCUUUGUCGACACAGAUUCCGACGUCCGGCUGUCCCGCAGAGUUCUGCGAGAUAUGAAGCGUGGGAGGGACCUGGAGCAGAUCCUCACCCAGUACACCACCUUCGUCAAGCCUGCCUUUGAGGAGUUCUGCCUGCCG